UAAGGUUACCCUUUUUUGGUGGGAUGGAUCGCCCUAGGUCAAUUAAGAUUGAAAACAAAUAGUUCUCGUGUUCUCUUGAUCCAAAGGAAAGAGGUAGAUUUUUGAAGAUAACAGACUAACACCUGAAAAAAGUUUUCAUUAUUUAUGUGGAAGAAGUGGCAGUGGUCUGGCUUGUAGACGGUUUGGAGGAAUUCUUACUAGUGCCUCGUACCCUGAAAUUCUUCAGGAAGGUCGACUGCAGGGAUGGCUUCAUUUGGAUGCAGAAAACCACUAACAAAAGAGGGAGCUUCCUGGAAAUUACAAAAGUCCUUAACGGCUGGGGAAAAAGAAACUUAGUGGUUCCAGCCAGAGAGGAAGCAAAAGGCUGGGACUCCUUCAAAAGACUACUCCUCGACGCCACGAACGGUAUUGAUAGACAAACCAAAACGGUUUCCAGUAAAGACAGAAUCUCUGGUCUUUCUUUUGCCAACAUUGUUCGUGGUUCCUCUCUCGCUCAAAAGGGGGUUGGCCCAGUCUCCACAGACGUUCCUUGUCUGGAAGAAGUCAGGAAGAUAAACUAGAAUGAAACGGUCGUAGUCAUAAUAAGAGAUUUUCAUGAUGAAUGGGGGAGGAUUCUCGAGGUCAUACAACGACAGACAAAGGAGCGUUUCAUUAUCAACCCCUUUCAGGCUGAUAAAGCUUUGCUGAGAUGCCCAUCAGAGGACAUAGCCCGUCUUCUCACACAUAACAAGGGGUGGGUAUCUUUUGGACCCCUCACCUUGAAAAUGGAAAACUAGAGCCCACUGCUCCACGGUCGAACUACUGUGGUUCCUUCCUAUGGUGGAUGGUUGCGUUUUAAGAACAUUUCGCUGCAUCUUUUGAGUCUGGACACUUUUACGGUGUUGGGUAAUUGCUUUGGGGGCUUCUUGGAUUAUGCGGAUUCAAAUUCUUCUUUAGUGGAUUGCACUGAAGUAAUCUUAAAGGUUAGGGGGAAUUAUUGUGGCUUUGUUCCGACAGAAGUAAAACUUCUAGAUAAAGACCAAGUCUAUGUAGCCACGAUAGAUACCUUUCAAGACAGUCGGUUCUUGAUGGAGAAGAAGGUCGACGUUCAUGGAGGUUUCUCUCCGGCAGCGGCGAAAUGUUUUUACAACAGUACAAAGAAAAAUCCGGUGGACAAAUGGUUUUGCAGAGGUUGCAUUAGCUCUGCUGCUGGAGGCUCAGAAUUUAAACGAAAAUGUCUCUUGCCUGUGGACCCCUCAGCACAGCCUGCGACCCGAUUCUCAAAGUUAUGCACUUUACAAGACGUCACGGGUCGACCUUUGCCGAAAGAAAGGAAAGGUAAAUUAGUUUCCUUCUCCAAAGUAAACCAAACUAAGCUCUUUCAUAAGAAAGCUCUUAUUGGGUCCACAUCGACUGAGGAAGGUACUACAAGGGCCACAAGAAAAGACAAGGGGAAGGAGCCAGAGUCAGAUGGGAUGUCUGUUUUUUUUGAUUUGUCAGAGGUGUCCUUUUCUAGCAUUGGUAGUCAACUCUCAAGUAGAGAUUUGGAGGGCAGCUACGACCAAGGGGAGGGGAUAGGCUCUUUACCUCCCUUAGUUUUGGACCCAUCGGAUGAUUAUUUUGUCCGUUUUGAAGAGAGAGAGGAGACUGUUGAGGUAGAAUCGGAAGUUAGUGUAGCAGAAGAGUUUCAAAGAGAAGAUGAAGAUGAUCAAGAAUCAGAAAUAGAUGAAGCAGUUCAUUUCCCUUUUACUCGGAAGAUGGUGAAAGCCCUUAGAGUGUUUAAUAUGUGUCUUAGACCUAUCUCUUCGAAAGCUGCUAUGAAGGGGACCUCAGCCAAGAAGAAAGAGGCUAGGGAGAUGAUGCUCAGAUAAAGGCCUAGGAAAAGGAGAUAGAGGAGACAGGUUCAGAACUCCAGAUUUUAGACGAGGGCCCUCAGGGUGUUAAAUGAAGCUCCUUUCUUGGAACGUUCGAGGCUUAGGAGCCCUCUAAAAAAGAGUGCUCAUCAAAGACCUUGUCUGUAAGGUGGAUCUCAAUUUGGUAAUGUUGCAGGAGACUAAGCUGGCAGCUAUAGAUAGGAAGAUAGUCAAGAAUGUGGGGAGCUCGCGUAGAAUUGGGUGGGCAGCUUUAGAUGUCGAAGGAUCCUCGGGAGGUCUCCUCAUUAUGUGGAACAAGGAUGUUAUAGAGAUUGAAGAUUCCAUUGUGGGAAGCUUCUCAGUUUCUCUGCGUAUUAAGUAUUUGAAUGGCUUUAGUGGCUAGGUUACAGUUGUUUAUGGCCCAUCCUCCUAUAAGAACAGGGAUUGUUUUUGGCAAGAGCUGAUAGAUUUGGCAGGCCUCUGUUCGGAAGAUUGGUGUCUUGGUGGUGAUUUUAAUGUGGUCAGAUCUCAACGGGAUAAAUCAACUGGGGGAAGAGUAACUCAAAGCAUGCUAUGUUCAAUGUGAUUAUAGAGACGCUGGAGGUAGAAGAAGUCCCUUUGAAAAAUGGUUCUUACACUUGGUUUGAUUUUAGAGAUAACCGGAUCAGUACCCGUAUAGAUAGAUUCUUUUUGUCUCCUAAAUGGAUGAAUUUUUCAAAGAGAUUACUCUUUAUAGACAACCUAGAACUACAUCGGACCAUUUUCCUCUGUAGUUGAAUCUUGGUAAUAAAAAAUGGGGGCCUGCCCCUUUUAAGGUUUGACAACGUGUGGCUAGAUCAUCCCUCCUUUCUCCAGAAGGUUGAAUUGUGGUGAAUUGUGGUGGGGGGCGUAGUCUCCUUCAUGGUGGCCUGGUUUUGUGUUUAUGGAGAAGCUGAGAGCCCAAUCUUAUUAUGUGGAACAGAGAUACGUUUGGGCACGUAGAAAACUCCAAGGACAUCAUAGCUCAAAUAGAAGCCCUUGAUAAAGAAGAGGAGCUCGAAAUUCAUUCGGAUCAGUUGUCUGGUUGUAGGUUGUCCCUCAAAGCUGAUCUCCUGGACAUUUCUCUUAAAGAACAAAGAUUCUGGGCUAAAAAAUGUAAGUUGAAAUGGCUUAAAGAGGGAGAUGAGAAUUCAAAAUUUUCCAUAGAUGGGCUUUGUCCAGAAGGAGUAAAGCCUUGAUACGCUCUCUUUGGGACAGAAACGAUAAGGAGUUGCAUUUAAAAAGUGAAAUAGAGAACGAAGUGGUCAGUUUUUUUCGUCAGCUUUAUGAAGAGUCAGGUAGUAGAUUCAUUUUCGAAGGGCCAAAUUGGAGCCCUCUUCUCUUCAGAGCUCGUGGGCUGAAAGCCUUUAAGUCCCUUUUAGUGAGGAGGAAAUUUUGAAAGCAAUCAGAAGUUUGGGCAAUUUGAAAUCCCAGGGCCGGAUGACAUGUCUGUAGAGUUCUAUAAAAAGGCUUGGAACAUUCUGAAAGCGGACUUAGUAAGAGUGUUCCAAGAGUUUUUUGAGAAUGGGAUUGUUAAUAGCCGUACUAACGAGACGUAUGUCUGUCUGAUCUUGAAGAAGAAGCAAGCUAAUAAGGUUAGUGAUUUUCGCCCUGUCAGUCUAGUUACAUCUCUUUAUAAAAUCAUAGCUAAAGUCUUGGCUGGGAGGUUAAAAAAGAUUAUUCACUUUAUUGUUGAUGAUGCUCAAGCUGCUUCUGUUGAGGGUAGACAGAUUCUUGAUACUAUGUUGGUGGUGGCAGAGACAGUUGGGGAUUGGAGUGUCUCUAAGAAGCAAGGUUAUUAGCUCGAUUAUGAGAAAACUUAUUACAUGGUGAAUUGGGACUAUCUUGAUAAAAAGGGUUUUGGAAGAAUCGAGGUUGCUUGUCCUCUGCGAAUUUCUCCAUUCUCAUCAACAGUAGGCCAA